AUGGAGCAAAGAAAGCAAGAAUAUGCCCAGCUGGUGUCCAACCUGCGGGCUAAGCUGGGUGAAGAAGAGCAAGAGGAGUUGGAUAAAGCAAUCUCAGAGCUGACAAAAGUUCAGUCAGCAGAAAUCGAGAGUAUUAAUGCCACGUAUCAGUAUGAUUUGUCCUUGGAGCUGACAGCUCUGAAACUGUCCAUGGAACAAAUUUAUACCAGCAAGCUGCAGCUAGAAAUGUCAGACAUGAAGAUGAAAUAUGACCAGAGAUUGGAUAACCUUAGCAAGCAACACAAGGAAGAGAUGAACAUGCUUACAGCAAGGAGCACCAACAUAAAUUCAUCUGACAGUGUGAGUUCAUCAUUAACAGACCAGUACAACUCGUUAAUACAGCAUAUCAGCGCACAACUGGAACAAAUGUUGCAUGAAGAGCAGGAAAAGGCUGAUCUUCCUAAACAAAGUGUUGAUGGAGUUGUUAAUGGGGAACAGAAUCAAGUGCCUUCAGUACAUUUUGCUCAGGAUUUGCGUAACCUACUUCUGACUCAACAAGAAGAGGUGUUAUCUCUAAGAAGUAAGUUGCUAUCAGAGUAUGAGUCCUUGCUGCAGCAUCGUGCAGAAGUCAUGCAGAGUCAGUCCAGUCAUGUUUCAGCAUUAGAAGAACAGAUGCUGCAACUGGAGAAGCAGCGUGAUGAGGAGUUUAGAACCAAACAGGAAACUAUCCUCAGCAGUAAUGGUGAGCACAGUGAAGAAUCAGAAACACAGAGGGAAAAACUGGAGUUACAGCUGGAGGAACUCAGGUCAUAUUAUGAAGCAAAGCUUGAGCACAUGAGAAGUUCUUAUGAGAAAGAGAUGAACUUUCUCAAAGAUAACUACGAGCAACAAAUAAAAAGCCUUAUCUGCAACAGAUUAAAUGAAUCUGACAAUGAAGCAUUAGACAGUGCUAAUCUUGCUCCAUCUGCUUCAAGUUCUGAUCAACAUGAAGAUAAACCUACUAAGAUUAUACAAGCAGGUGUCAGUGAUAUAGAUUUGAAAGAUAUAUCUCAAUCUGCUGAGAUGGACCUGUCAGUUACUUUAAAAAGACUAGAAUCUGAGUUAGCUGAAAAAGAUGCCCAGUGUAAAGAACUAAUGGCCAAAUUAAAGAGUGAGGAAUUAAGGUCAAACUCACUUGAGGCAGAUGUAGCAAAUUUGAGAAAAGAACUGGAGGAUCUGCAGCAGAAAUCUUCAGAAGCACUUUCUCAGUGCUCCUAUCUUCAAGAGCUGCUUAUGCAGAAAGACACUAUCAUUGAGCAACUUGAGCUGGAGAAGGGGGAAAGUGAGAAACUUUAUAGAGACAUUCUGGAGAAGGAGUCAUCUUCGUCACGGUCACUUGUCAACAGAGAUUACCUCAGUGGUGCAGAUGGAGAUGAUUCUUUUGUUUCCGCUAGAGACGUAUUAAAAGAGACACCAUCACCACAUGCUGGCGAAGGUCCUGAUCAUCAGACAUCUGCAUGGGCUGGCCAUGAAGAAAAUAUUAACAGUAAUAACGUUUAUGAACUUGAAGGUUCUUUUCCACAUGUGCCUGUCUCAGCUGAGGAUGCCAUGGGUAAUAGUAACAAUAACAGUAACAGCAAUAACAACUACAGUGAUUCUGCCUUAGCAUCCCUGGAAGGAAUGGUGGAGAAUUUGAAGAAGCACAUUGAGGAGCUAGACCAACAGCUAAUAGAGGCUAAAGAAAGGGAGGCCAAACUUCAGGCUCAAAUUGAGGAGAAGGAGUACAGCUUCAAGGAAAUGAUAGAGAGCAUCAGAUUAGAGCUAGAGCAUGAGAGACAGAUGGAAGUGGAAACCUUGCAGUCUGAGUUUAAAGUUCAGUUGGAGAUUGAGUUAAAGAGACAGGCAGCAGAAUUAUUAAUGUCACAGUCUACGGAAGAAGCUCCAGCUGUCCAAACAGAAAGUAAAUUGCUGCAUCCAGAAGCACUGUCAUCUGGAAUAGUAGCUUCUCAGUCGGAUAAUGAACAAAGGGUCACUAGUGAAGUUUUCAGCAAGCAGAAAUCAGAACAGGAAAUGUCUGCAUUGUCUCAGCCUAAUGUGACAGAUUCUGACAAUAAACAUCAUGAUGCAUUGCAUCAGAGAUCUGAAUUUUACCUCCAGCAAGUUACUCUAGAAGCAGCACUUGUACCAGCAGAAGCUGCUGAGGUGACCAGUGGAGGUAGUGUUUCUGAACAUAUCAAUGAAGAGUCCACUGCCACUGUUUCUACAUUAUCCUGCCAAGACAACUUGGAAAUUGUAUCUCCCUCCACGCAUGUUCUGACGGUGACUGACAUGGAAAAUGUUAUUGCAAAAAUUGAAAAACAAUAUGAAGAAAGAAUUGCAGUACUAAAAGAACAAUUAGAACAGCUAAGUGAGGAAAGAGCGUUGUUGAUUUCCAGACAUCAGGAAGAAUUGGAGAGAAUCCGCAAGCAGUUGAAUGACACUGAAGAUGAAUAUGAGCAUCUUUUGGAGGAUGCCCAGAGUGGAGAGCAGAAAGAAGUGUAUCAGCUCUUGAAAGACAAAUAUGAUGAAGAACUUGAAAUCGCUAAAUCUAUUAUGCAGAAAGAAUUUGAUCAGACUCUAUCAGAAGAAAAGAAAAUGUUUGUUGAGAGACACAGACAAUUGAUGGAUGGCUUUAUGGAAGAUGGAGAAAGAAGGGAGCAGGAAGCAGAAGAAAGACAUCAUGAAGAGCUACAGACAUUGACCAGAAAGUUUGAGCAGACUGUUCAAGAUUAUGAGCAAGAAAUAGAGAAACUAAGCCAUGACCUAAAACUGUUGAGGGAUGCCAGACUUGAGGAGACAGAUGAACCAGAGGGAACCAUGAAAUCUGACCGAACAUUGCCAGAAAUUGAUGAGAUUACCUUCAGCUUUCAGGAAGUGGAUUCGAAGGCUGAUUCGUUUGAUUCUCCACGCAGCCAGGGGGCAUCUGCAGAACCCAGGCAUCACUACACGGAUGGCACUGGUGCAGUGUACCAUGGCAGCGAUGACGAAACAGAUGCUAACACACACUCCACCAUGCAAAUAAGAACAUUUGCAGAUGUUGUAAAGAUUCCUGCACCAUUGACAGUCUCAGAGAGACAAAAGUUUGAACUGAAAAUUCAACAGUUGGUAACUGAGGUGGAAAGAUUAAGACAGCAGCUAAGAGAAGCUGAACAUCGUGAGUCUGUGCUGGCACACUUGUCCAGCAGUGACACCCAAACAGGAGAUGACCCUGCCGUCAUUGCCAUGCUAAGGUCGGAGAUUGAGAGGAUCAGUGCUGAAAGGGAAAGUGUCUUGAGGACAAACAGUCGUUUGUUCAGUCUGCUGUCUGAGAAUGUAAAGACUUACAUUGGUGUGGAAGACACAAUCAACCAUAGACUCAGCCUAGUUGUGGCUGGCGCCCGGCCACCUGUGAGUCAUCCUUCUGAUGAUAUGGAGUCUCAUGAACUCAGCCAAGAUAGCCUUGACCUGCCUGGAGCAGUCGGCUUCGCAGCUCAUGAUAGUCCAGAAGCAAGAGGAGCUGCUGCACCUGAUGGAGAUCUUAGUCAGGAUAGCCAUGGCUUUGAAAACACCAGCCUGUUAUCUAAUGCCACUGAUGAGGGUCUGGAGGUGUCUCAGAGGCUUGCUGAGAGCAUCUUUGUUGGUCCUGACCUGGAUGCUGAAGGCGAAGACAUUGUAACAGAUGCCAGCGGCCGUCUUCAAAAUGCAGUAGGCCAGCUGUUGGAAUUGUUGGAGAGGUCAACUGUGCAAUUAAAGGAAGCAAAAGCUACACAGCAGGAACUCUUGGACACAUUAGCUUCAAGAGCCCAGGAAUUAGAAUUGACUAAAAUUAGAUGCAGUGAGUUGGACAGUCAGUUGACUGCUGAAAUUGAGGCCAAGGAGUACUUAGUUCUAGAGUUGCACAAGGCUGAAGGAUUAAUCUCAGGUUACAGUACAGAACGAGAGAGCAUGGAGAGUCAGAUCCAGAGUCUUGAAGAUCAGCGAGAAGUACUCAUUGUAGAAUUGGACACAACUCGAUCACGACUUCAAGAGCUCCAGCCAUCUGAGACACAUUUUGAAUCCACAGUUGAUGGUCCGUGUCAUCAGCAACCCCUGCCAAGGCAGACUACUGGCCCGGAAAUGCAAGCCAAGAAACAGCAGGACUUGUGCAUGCCUGCUGACAGCUCUCCAGUGUUGCUGGAAGAAAUUGCUAAUCUCAGCGAGGAUAAGAAAGAACUGUCCACUCAGCUACAGUACCAGAUCAACCAGUUGCAGAAACAGCUCUUGGAUCAAGAGACAGCAACAGAGGAAGCAGAGCGACGUCAUGAAGCAGCUAUUGAAGAAAGGAAUCAGGCUGUAGCAGACCUCAAGUUGCAGCUGGAGAAUGUGGAAAAGUUACUGAAAGCAAACAAAGCCUUUGUUGAAGAGCAAAUGGCAGAACGUGAACAAGAGAGAGAGGAACAUCAGCAAGAAAUUGAAAGACUUGAACAGUUACUUGAAGGGAAAGAUCGCAGUGCCACUUCUCAGCAAAGGCUUCAGUUGGAGAUUUCUGACUUGACCGAACAAUUGCAAGCUCGAACAGCCAGCCAGAGUUCCAUGCAUCAGAGAAUAUUAGACCUACAGAAGUCUCUAGAAGACAAGGAACUUAGUGCUCAUGACUUAAAGGCAUGGGUGUCCCAGCUGGAAUGUGAACUUGACCAAAGAGGAAGUGUGGAGGAGCAGCUGAAACAGAGGAUUCAUAAACUGGAGAAACAGCUGACAGAGAAGUCUGAAGAAUCUGAUGCUACAGAAGAGGAGGCUUCAAAAAGCUUGGCCAGUAAAGAGGAGAAGGGAAAUAGUCCUGUCCAGCUCUCACCUGCAAAGAAAUGCCAUUAUGCGUCAUCUGUGUCGUUGAAAGAGGAGCUGGAACGGGCUCAGUACAUUGAAGAGGAGUUGACACAUGAAAAUGUUGCCUUAAAGGAACAGCUUCAACAACAGCUGCUGCAGAUAUCUGGUCUGAGGAACCAGCUCGACCAUCUGCGCCACUAUGGAGGUAAUCAUGAGGAGUCUGAUGCAACACAGUUGCGGUUGAAACUUCAAGCAGAGAGAGACAAAGUGGAGAUAAUGGAAGAGAAGCUGAGCGAGGCACAGAACAAGUUAGACAAAUUUGAACACAUUCUGCAGACCAAAGAAGAAGAAGCUGAAGACGUCAAGACCAAAGUCUCAAGGAUUCUUGAAAUGGGAGAUGUUCACGGAGAAAAUGAAGUUCUUAAGGAAAAGCUGAAAGAACUCCAGGCUCAGUUGUUCCACUUGUCAAGUCAGGCUUCCCUUCAGGCUCUACCCCCUGAACUACUCGAAGAGAAAAAUAUUGAAAUUGAUGACCUAAAACACAAACUGCAGUUAGUAGAAACAGAACUGUCCCAAUUGAUGCAAGAGGACACCCUUCAUAAG